AUGGACGAGUAUCAGUCAGCAGAAGAAACAUCCUUCGUCGUAGACGAGGUUAGCAACAUUAUCAAAGAGUCUGUCGAAGGAGCUAUCGGCGGAAAUGCUUACCAACACAACAAAGUGAAUCAGUGGACUUCCAAUGUCGUCGAGCAAUGUUUGAAUCAACUAACCAAGCUCGGAAAACCGUUCAAGUACAUCGUCACCUGUGUCAUCAUGCAGAAAAAUGGAGCCGGUCUUCACACCGCAAGUUCCUGUUUCUGGGAUAACACUUCUGAUGGAAGUUGUACAGUGAGAUGGGAAAACAAGACCAUGUACUGCAUCGUGAGCGUUUUUGGACUGGCGAUUUGA